AUGGGGAAUUUAAUCACUUGCUCGAUAUCCUGUGAUGAGUGGAUGGAUAAAAUCUCUCAAUGGCUAGACAAGAAAGUUGGUUAUAUUCACGAUCUUGAGAAGAAUCUCGCCACUCUGGAGAACAGCAUGGUUAAGCUCAAGGCUAAGCGGAAUGAUUUAUUACGAAAGGCCACAAGAGAGGAGGAUAAAGGUGGACAAAGGCUGGAAGAAUUCCAGGUAUGGCUUAAGAAAGUUGAGUCUUUGGAUCAAAAAGUUGAUGCUCUUCUUGAUGCUAGAGAUGUUCAACUUCAAAGGUUGUGUCUUUGUGGGUUUUGCUCUAAGAGUUUAAGAUCCAGUUACCGUUACGGGAAAAAGGUUUUCUUGUCGUUGAUAGAUGUUGUGCAACUCGAAAAUAGAGUUUUCCAAAAUGUUACUGAUCAAGUAGUUAAUAAAGCUGACACAGCUGUGAUAGAGGAAAUACAAGUUCCACGGAUAAUUGUUGGUCAAGAAGCAAUGCUCGAUAAGGCAUGGAAACAUCUCAUGAAAGAUGGAGUUGGUAUUAUGGGAAUGUAUGGUAUGGGCGGAGUUGGGAAAACAACGCUUCUCAUGCAAAUCAACAAUAAGUUCAGUGAAGAAAGGUGUGGAUUUGAUUUUGUGAUUUGGGUUGUGGUGUCUAAAGAGUUACAUGUAGAGAAGAUUCAAGAUGAAAUCGCUCAGAAAGUUGGUCUUGAUGGAGAGAAGUGGGAGAAAAAAAAGAAGAGCCAAAAGACCAUUGAUUUAUACAAUUUCUUGAAGAAAAAGAGAUUUGUGUUGUUUUUAGAUGACAUAUGGGAGAAGGUGGAUUUAACAGAGAUUGGAGUCCCAUUUCCAGGACCAGAAAACCGAUGCAAAGUAGUCUUCACCACUCGUAAACAAGGUGUAUGUUCGGAGAUGAUGGCUGAAGAACAAUUGGAAGUCCAAUGUUUGGCGGAAAUUGAAGCAUUUGAUUUGUUCCAAAAGAAGGUUGGACAAAAAACACUAGACAGCGAUCCAGAGAUCCCCAAGCUUGCAAAAGACGUUGCUAGAAAAUGUGGUGGCCUUCCACUGGCGCUCAAUGUCAUAGGGGAGACCAUGUCAUGCAAGAAGACGGUGGAAGAAUGGCGUCACGCUAUAAAUGUUUUGACUUCGUACGCUACAGAGUUUUCUGGCAUGGAAGAUAAGAUCCUUCCACUUUUGAAGUAUAGCUACGAUAAUCUUAAGGGCGAGGAUGUCAAAUCAUGUUUGCUGUAUUGCGCUUUAUUUCCAGAAGAUGAUCUGAUUUCUAAAAAGUAUUUGAUAGACUACUUGAUAGGCGAAGUAUUAUAG